AAUAACGCCUCGGUCAAAAGUCAAAACUCAUCGCGAGCCCUACCAUGGCAGGCGGCGACCAAAGUCCCUUAAGCAAGCAACUGCCCUUCCAUGGCCGGCGGCGACCAAAGUCACCAAAUCCAAACCCCAACACUGACCAGUCCUCCGUACCCUCCUCCUCUUCCCGCUCUUCACGCCGGCGAUGGCGGCGUGGCCCAACCCGGCGCUGCCGCUCCUCCUCGUCGCCGCGCUGCUCACGUUCGAGGACUGGCUCACCACGCCCUCCUGCUCCGGGGGUCCGCCCGCCGCCCACGCCUCCGGGGACCUGAGGGCCAUGAUGGUCGCCGACCUGAUGCUCCUCGGAUCCGACGCCUCCUACGCCGACCGGUUCUUCCGGGACCACAUCAUGUCCAAGUUCUUCGCUAAUUCUAUUCAAACUUUGAAGCCGGAUAUGAUGGUAGUCCUUGGGGACAUCUCAGCAAAGGGUUCAAUGGUAAUGGAGCACAAAUGGAUAUCUGUUAUAGAACAGUUUGAGGGGAUAUUGGGGCGUUAUACUAGUCUUCCUCUUCAUAUUGCAUUAGGCGACAAAGAUGUUGGCACUUGUGCCACUUUGGAGGGAAAAUUUGUGCACCGCAGGGCCAAGCAUUUGCCAGGAUUGGAUUCAAGUGGUUGUGGUGCUUUUGAGAUUAGUAAUGUAACUUUUGUAUCGCUAAAUGCGGUUGCACUGCUCUGUGGCAACAAUGCCUUGCGGUUUGGCGUUGAGAAGUUUAUGGAGAGGGAAAACCAUCAUUUCCAAAGUGAAAGGGUGAAUGAAGCAGAAUAUUACCCUUUGGGUUGUGAAAAAAGAGAAAGUUUCACUGACAUUAGUUGGAGGCAAAACAGCAUGAAAUCAGGGUCAGGUCCUGUCAUUCUGCUCCAUUUUCCACUGCAUAAGUUUGAUGGAGAAGUUACUGGUGUUCCCACAUUUUCGGAGGCAAUUGUCUCAGAUUAUUCAUCACUUUCCUCAAGCUCAAAACAAAGUGGAGCUAGUGGCAGGAGUCCAUAUGAUCGAUUACAUACCCUUCCUGCAAAUUCAACUCAAUAUAUUCUUCAAGCACUUAAACCAAGGAUUAUAUUCAAUGCUCAUGCUGGUAGCUUCUCAGAUUUUGUUCAUGCUGAUGGAACACAGGAAGUAACAGUACCAGCUAUGACAUGGAAGACAAGAGGAGUGCCUGGUUUUGUCAUUGCUACAUUUGAUGCUAAAGGGGCCGUGACUUUGAGGUGCUGUUAUUUAGCUCAGGAAUGGCAUGUAAUUAUGGGAUAUUUAUCAUUCUUGUGCCUGACAGCUCUUGCAGUAAGAUGGUCACAUUGAUAUGAAAUGAAAGGUCAAAUCUUACGUCAAGGUACUUGUGUUGCUUAUAUCACCUUUUAAUACUUAUUGGAUUCACAUAAAUUGAUUUCCUCCAUGAUAUGUUGCCAUUUCUAGUGAUAUUCCAAUGUCACAUUUUGAAACCUUGAUACAGACUUUAGAACUAGAAGCUAGAUUGGUUUAUUGGCCUGUUAUCCUCUUUGUGUCCAACUAGUGCAAGAAAGCAAGAUGGUGUUUACUGUCCAUGGGAACUUUUGUUAUACUGACCACGAUAGGGAGCUUGAAAGAUUUGCCACAUGGUUCAGAGCCAACCUUUUCCAUUUCUGAUCAGUGUGCCUGCUGCUGGCUUGUAGAUUGUCUGUGUAGUUCAUGUGGCAUGGCUUCCUACCCCUUGAAAUGAGGAUAAUAUUUUGUCCACUAGCGCUUUGAUACUGUUACCAAGCUUCAUAAGGAUCCUGUAUUUGGUAAACUCACUAUGCUUUCUUGUGAUUUAAUUACUAGCACAUUUGGGUUUACUAGUUUAGUUACUAUGCAUGACGUAAUUAUCAGAUUUUUGUACUGUUUGACUAAAAUUCUUAAACAAGGAGCAUAUAUCUUAGCAGGCUUUUGCUGUGUGGACUUGAGUCAACUUCCCCACUACUAUAUGGGAAUCUGACCGAUAAAUCACAGCAUCUUCAUGGUGACUGACGCAUGCAGCCUUGCAGCCCACUGGGCCCAGACACAGUAGCACCAAGAGCAGUGGCUUCUUGCCGCAGCUGCAAUGCUCGGGAUGAGGCUCUGCUGCGUCGCUGGGAGUACCAAGUCAAACUUCUCUCCCUGUUCUGCCUGCAGAUCUUCGACACCUUUGAAGCAGCUGUCGACAUUAUGGCGCCAUCUGACUGCUCAAUCUGUUAUCUCAACAACCGAACAGCAAUGUGUCAAACAGUAUGCAGUGGAGUGUUUAGUGUAUAGUGCAGAAGCUCAGUCUCGGGUAAUUCUUCCAGCAAGGGUAUAAGUUGCCCUUCGCGUCCUGAUACAAACAGCUGCAUGUCUGCUCCUGCGUAUUGAUUACUUUGCUUGCUAGGAAUUUCUUACUCUCUGCCUGUGGGGGUCUCUGAAAAUGUUUGUACUGGGUGUUCCUUUCUGCCAGAGUGCCAGGCCGUUGUUGUAGAUUGAUCUAGCCACUGUUUCCAAUACCAUGCUAGUUGUACAAAUGUAUCUCCAUUCAAGAAAAAGUUGUACAAAUAACAAAUGUGGCAUCUCAUGAAGAUAAAGGCGAAUCCGAAGUUUUGGACAACAAAUGGACAUCCUCUGAACCAUCUCUCCAUGUUCACGCUGCAUUGUCGUCAUUGAGUCAUACUAAGGCUCGAUCUGUUUGUUCGUUCCUUUUUAAAAAAAUAAUUAGCUCUAAC